UGUCGCCUUAGCCUCACCCCAGCGGUGUCCCUGCAGAGGGAAGGCUCCUCCCACCUGUGGGCUGGCAGUGACCACCGCAAAGGGGACCCCAGAAGGUCUGAGUUGACAAGUUCAUCAGAAUUUGUGUCCCUGGGAAUUUGUUCGUCUUUGUGGCCAACCCCCUGAAGAAAUGGACUUGGAUCAGUUGGACCUGAAUCCCAGAAUUACUGCCGCAGUUAAGAAAGCCAAACUGAAGUCACUCAAGGAGGUUCUGCACUUUUCUGGACCAGACUUGCAGAGACUGACCGGCCUCUCGGGUCCUGACGUGCAGCACUUGCUGAGAAUGGUCUCCUCACACCUGCGGGGCAGCAGCAUCUUCACAGCACUCGACCUGCGCCUGCAGAAGGAGCGCUUCCCCGAGCAGCACCAGCGCCUGAGCCUGGGCUGCCCUGUGCUGGACGGGCUGCUCCGCGGCGGCCUGCCCCUGGGCGGCAUCACGGAGCUGGCCGGCCGCAGCUCGGCGGGCAAGACCCAGCUGGCGCUGCAGCUGUGCCUGGCUGUGCAGCUCCCUCGGCAGCAUGGAGGCCUGGAGGCCGGGGCCGUGUACGUCUGCACGGAGGACGCCUUCCCCAACAGGCGUCUGCAGCAGCUCAUCGCCCAGCAGCAGUGCCUGCGGACAGACGCUCCCGUGGACACGAUCAGGAGGAUCAAAUUUGGCGACCACAUCUUCAUCGAGCACGUGGCCGACGUGGACGCGCUGCUGGAGUGUGUGAGUAAGAAGGUGCCCAUGCUGCUGUCGAGGGGGAUGGCUCGCCUGCUGGUCAUCGACUCCGUGGCGGCCCCCUUCCGCUGUGAGUUUGACGGGCCGGCCUCGGCGUGCAGGGCCCGGGCUCUGCAGGCGCUGGGGGCCGCACUGCGCAGGCUGAGCUGGGCCUUCCAGAGCCCGGUGCUCUGCAUCAACCAGGUGACAGAGGCCAUGCAGGACACAGCACCUGGGGCCCCGGAGGAGCGCCUUGCCCCCGCCCUCGGCAUCACCUGGUCCAACCAGCUGCUCAUGAGGCUGAUGGCAGACCGGCACCGCCCCGAGGAGGACCCGCUGGGCCGCCACACCCGUACCCUGAGGGUAGUCUUCGCCCCCCACCUGCCCCCCUCUUCCUGUUCCUACACAGUCAAUGCUGAGGGUGUGAGAGGGACGCCUGGGACCCAGCCCUGCUGA